CUUGGACCGCUAUAUUUGGGACUUUCUAUUUAAUAUAGUGGGAGUUAUUUUUUAGCAUUAUUUAAAAUUCUUUGCAUUAUUUGUUGUAGUAAAUAUGGCCGCCAACACAACUUUUUCACUGCGAUCUAUCCUUGAGAAUCGUUCUCAAGCAAGAGCGUAAAGAAUAUGUCCUUGACCAACCAAUUCCUGUUGAACCAGCGGCCAAUGCUGCUAGAGAAACUAGAGAUGCUUAUGAAAGGCAUGUCCGUGAUGAAGUUAAUGUCACUUGUCUGAUGUUAACCAUCAUGGAAGCUAAUCUUCAGAAACAGUUUCUGAAUCGUCGUGCACAUGACAUCUCUAAUGAACUCAAGAACUUGUUUCAGAAACAAGCACGGAUCGAAAGGUUCGAGACGACCAAAGCUUUGUUUCACACAAGGCUUACUGAUGGAAGCCCAGUUGGACCUCACGUGCUCAAGAUGAUUGGGCAUAGGGAUCACCUGGAAAGACUUGGAUCUCCAAUCAGUCAAGAGUUGGCUACUGAUGUGAUUCUGGCAUCACUCACUCAGGCGUAUGACUAGUUCAUCAUGAACUAUAAUAUGCAUGGUCUUGAGAAGACCUUAACCGAAUUGCAUGGAAUGCUCAACUCUGCUGAGCAAAACAUCAAGAAAAAUCGGAGUGACAUUUUGAUGGUCAAAAAGGGGAAGGGAUUCAAGAAGCAUGGUAAUGGCAAGGUUGGUGGAAACAAGAAAUCCAAAAACCUGGUUAAGAACUCGGGUAAAGGCAAAUCGGUUGCUAGCUCUACUUCUAAAGAAGAGAAAAAAUAUUUCCACUGCAACAAAACUGGUCAUUGGAAGCGGAAUUGCAAGGCGUAUUUGGAGGAACUGAAAAGAAGGGGCAUGGUGAUGCUUCCAAUUCAGGGACUAACAAGGAGUAGAAGGAUGGCUAAAGGUGAAGUUGACCUACGAGUAGGCAACGGUGCAAAAGUUGCAGCAUUAGCAAUAGGGACAUUUACUUUGAAUUUGCCCACGGGCUUAGUUUUAGAACUUGAUAAUUGUUAUCAUGUACCUGCCAUUAGCAGGAAUAUUAUUUCUGUUUCUUGUUUGGACAAGAAAAGAUUUCAUUUUAUAAUAAAGAACAACAUUUGUUCUAUUUAUUUUAAUGAGAUCUUUUAUGGUAGUGCUAGUCUCAUAAAUGGACUUUAUGUUCUAAACCUUGAAAUGCCCAUCUAUCACAUAAAUACAAAAAGGUUUAAAUCUAACGACUCAAACCCAACAUACCUUUGGCAUUGUAGACUAGGCCAUAUAAAUGAGAAACGCAUUAAAAGACUCCAUUCUAGUGGAUUUCUUG